UGUGCAAGUAAACACGCGGGAUUGUGCGGCUCUGAUUGUUGUCAUCCUUCGAAAGUUUGUCUCAUUGUCUGUCUUUGAAAUUUGGCUUUGAAAGUUAGUGAAAAUGGCGGACUCUCAGAACGACAAGCUGUACAAAGCUGAAUACGCUAAAAGCGGCCGUGCGUCGUGCAAGAAGUGCAAAGAAAACAUAGCUAUCAACUCGCUGAGAAUGGCUAUCAUGGUGCAGUCGCCCAUGUUUGACGGGAAGGUCCCACAUUGGCAUCACUUUUCCUGCUUCUGGCUGAGAGCAGCAGCUCAGUCCACCGCCGACAUCGCCGGCUUUUCCGACCUUCGCUGGGAAGACCAGGAGAAAGUCAAGAAGGCUAUCGAAGGUGGUGGAGCAGCUACAGGAGGAAAAGGGGAACAGAAAGGUGCAGCUAAAGGAGAGAAGACGCUGAAUGGCUUUGCGGUGGAAUAUGCCAAAUCGAACCGCAGCACUUGCAAAGGUUGUGAGUUGAAGAUACAAAAGGAUUUGAUCCGUGUGUCGAAUAAAACGGUGGACCCAGAAAAGCCCCAACUGGGCCUGAUCGACCGCUGGUACCACACGGCAUGCUUUGUGAGCCGUAGGGAGGAGUUGGACUUCAAGCCCGAGUACAGCGGUGCUCAGCUGAAGGGUUUCAACAUGUUGCGGGCAGAGGACCAGGAGGAGCUUAAAAAGAGGCUCCCUGCCGUCAAAUCAGAAGGAAAGCGCAAAUGUGAAGAAGUGGAUGGAGUCUCGAAGAAACAGAAGAAGGCGGAUGAGGAGGAGAAAAAAAAGUUGGAGGAGCAGUUGAAGGAGCAAAGUAAGCUGAUCUGGGGAAUUAAAGACAAGCUGAGGAAGUUUUGUUCAGUCAAUGACAUGGAGGAGCUUCUUUUCGCUAAUAACCAAAGGGCUCCCUCAGGGGAAUCAAAUGUGGUGGACAGCUUGGCUGAUGCCAUGGCCUUUGGUGCUCUUGAGCCAUGCAAGGAGUGCUUCGGCCAGCUCGUAUUCAAAGGGGAUGCAUAUUACUGCACGGGGGACAUCUCAGCUUGGACAAAGUGUGUGUUCAAAACGACAAAGCCCGAACGCAAAGACUGGGUCAUGCCCAAGGAAUUCCAUGAAGUUCCCUUCUUAAAAAAGUUUAAGUUUAAACGACAGGACAGACUUUACCCAAAGGAAACCCCUUCUCAAACCACGCCUGCAGUCAAAGCUGAACCUCUGGCAAGUGCCUCCAGCGCCCCCUCCUCCAAGCCACUCCCAGAGGGCGGACCCACAGAUAAACCUCUGACUGGUAUUAAACUGUUGACUGUGGGAAAGCUGGCCAAGAACAAAGACGACAUCAAGGCCGCCGUGGAGGAAAUGGGUGGCAAGAUUAUCAGCUCGGCCACAAAAGCCACACUCUGCAUUAGCACCAAGAAGGAAGUGGAGAAGAUGGGCAAGAAAAUGGAGGAAGUGAAGGACGCCGGCGUGCGCGUCGUGUCUGAAGAUUUCCUCACUGACAUCAAGUCGUCGGACAAAGCGCUCCAGGAGUUGAUCUCCUUGCACGCCAUCUCCCCCUGGGGAGCAGAGGUCAAAGCGGAGGCGCCGGCCCCAACUGCAGCCUCCAAGUCUGGAGCCAUGGCUUCCAAGAGCACGGGCAGAGUAAAGGAGGAGGAAGGUAGCAGCAAAACCAAGAAGAUGAAACUGACAGUCAAAGGAGGUGCUGCGGUGGAUCCAGACUCAGGUCUAGAGAACAGCGCUCAUGUGUUGGAGCAGAACGGGAAAAUGUACAGCGCCACAUUAGGUCUUGUGGACAUAGUCCGAGGAACCAACUCCUACUACAAACUGCAGCUGCUUGAAGACGACGUACAGAAAAGGUACUGGGUGUUCCGCUCAUGGGGCAGAGUGGGCACCACUAUCGGAGGCAACAAGCUGGACAAAUAUGGGGACAUGCACUCGGCGCUGAAGAACUUCCUGUCCGUGUACAGAGAAAAGACCGGCAACGAGUGGGGCUGCUCUGACUUCACCAAAUGCCCCAAUAAGUUCUACCCCCUGGAGAUCGACUACGGACAGGAUGAAGAAGCUGUGAAGAGGCUGACGGCCACCGCUGGCACAAAGUCCAAGCUGGCCAAACCUGUCCAGGACCUCAUUAAAAUGAUCUUUGAUGUGGAGAGCAUGAAGAAGGCCAUGGUGGAGUUUGAGAUUGACCUCCAGAAAAUGCCUUUGGGAAAACUGAGUAAGCGGCAAAUUCAGAGUGCUUAUGCUCUCCUCACUGAAGUUCAGCAGGCUGUGUCAGAUUGUGUAACCGAAGCCCAGAUUUUGGAUCUGUCCAAUCGCUUCUACACCCUGAUACCUCACGACUUUGGCAUGAAGAAACCCCCACUGCUCAACAACCUGGACUUUAUUCAAGCUAAAGUUCAGAUGCUGGACAACCUGUUGGACAUUGAAGUGGCUUACAGUCUGCUGAGAGGAGGGGCCCAGGACAAUGAGAGCGAUCCAAUUGACAUCAACUAUGAGAAACUCAAAACUCAGAUUGAGGUUGUGGACAAGUCCACACAGGAGGCAGAGAUCAUUAUGCAAUAUGUGAAGAACACACAUGCUGCCACGCACAACACCUAUACACUGGAAGUAGAAGAUAUUUUCAAAAUCAGUCGCGAGGGAGAGCGUCAGCGGUUCCGCCCCUUCGAGGAACUGCACAAUCGCCAGCUGCUGUGGCACGGCUCGCGUGCCACCAACUACGCUGGCAUCUUGUCUCAGGGUCUCCGCAUUGCCCCUCCGGAAGCACCCGUGACUGGUUACAUGUUCGGCAAAGGUGUGUACUUUGCUGACAUGGUGUCCAAGAGCGCAAACUACUGUCACACAUCACAGUCCAACCCUGUGGGACUUCUCCUGCUGGCUGAAGUUGCUCUCGGCAACAUGCAUGAGCUGAAAAAGGCCUCCCAUAUCACAAAAUUACCAAAGGGCAAGCAUAGUGUUAAAGGUUUGGGCAGAACUGCUCCUGAAUCGAGUGCUACUACCACUUUAGAUGGCGUAGAAGUGCCUCUGGGAAAAGGAACCCACACCAACAUUGAUGACACAAGCCUACUGUACAACGAAUACAUCGUGUAUGAUGUAGCCCAAAUAAACCUGAAGUAUCUCCUGAAGAUCAACUUUAAUUACAAAACUUCCUUGUGGUGAGAACACUCCUUGAGUUUGAUUCCCUGCGGCGAUACCCUCAGCUAAAGGAUUGAUGCUAAUCUCUUGUCACUUUAUGCGAUUUUUCAGCAGAUUUACUGUACUAGCGUUGCGUUUAUUCGGUACUUGCAUAUCCACUCGAGGAAGGUCAAAAACAACAUAGCAAACCUUUGAUUUUUAGGUAGAAAAGACAUAGGAGGAUAGAUUUGUAGGGAUUUGUGACCAACAGCCACAUAGUUACUCACUCCGCCCGCUUAGAAUACUGUAUUACAUGUAUUAGUAUAUAUUUGCAUUGUUUGUCUCUGCAGCUGUCUUCCCUUGCAAAAAUAAACAAUCUUUCUACAAA